UUAAACUUAAGUGGUUUAUGUUUUUUGUAAAAGUUGAUAAAGAGGAUAUUAACAUUAAACUUUGAGGAAGUACAUGUGUAACACAGAAUGACUCCCUUGCUGUUUAAAGAUGCCUUUUGGGGAGUUGAUUUCACUAAUCAUCUGGGCUAUGAGGUUCUGAUUCAGAGACUAUGUGAUGGCAGGCGGAUGUGCAAAGAUGUGGAGGAACUGCUGAAGAUGAGGGCCAUGGCAGAAGAGAGGUAUGGGAAGGAUCUGGUGACAAUAGCACGUAAAGCUGGGGGGCAGACAGAGAUCAGCACUCUGAAAGCCUCCUUUGAUCAACUUAAAACACAAAUUGAAAACAUCGGGAAUCUGCAUAUCCAGCUAUCCGGAAUGUUACGGGAAGAGAUCAAGAAGAUGGAAAUAUUCAGAGAGCGGCAGAAAGAACAGAGGAGAAAGUUUGAGGGGAUUAUGGAGAAAGUUCAGAAGAUGAAGGUGUCCUUAUACAAGAAGACCAUGGAGUCUAAGAAGUCCUAUGAGCAGAAAUGUAAAGAAGCAGACGAGGCAGAGCAGCUUGCUGACAGGAGCACCACAGCUACAACACCAAAACAGUCUGAGAAGGUACAACACAAGGCCAAGCAAUGCAGACAAGCCGUCACUGAAGCAGAGAAACAAUACAUGUUGAAUGUAGAGCAGCUGGAGAGAGUUCGUCAGGACUGGGAGGGAACACACAAGGGCACAUCACACCACGCCCCCUUCCGCAGUAUGUCUGAGUAG